CAUAGCAACUCUUUCAACAAGUUGGCAAGGAAGCUCUUACAUUACAACGUUGGUCAUUGCUCGUUAUGUUUGCCGAUUUUUCGUUUGAUUCCUAACCAGCGACGAAAGAAGGCACUUUGAUUCAGACGAAAGCAUGGCUGAGCCACCACUGACUGAACAAACCCAGCCGAGUGAGGGAGGAGAUAAGAGUUCUCCUGCUGAUGAGGAUGCCAAGAGUACAAAGAGUGGGCCCAAGAGCCAGGGAGGGUCGAAGCCUGCCUCUAGAGCAGGGUCAGCAGGUUCCCAUAAGAGUGGAAAGAGUCAGGGAAGUAAGAGAGGGAGAGAAUUUGUUCAAACCCCGACAGGAUCAGCCAAAGAUAAUCCGGCAGCAGACUGGAGGAACAUGAGAAGAAUCAUUGCGGAGGAUCCCGAAUGGUCACUUGCAACUGUGCCGCUCCUUACUGAACUUUGUGUGAAGCACAUAGUUGAAAACUUUGAAAACAAUUCUGAAAUUCUGACUGACCUCUUGCCAAAGCACCAAAACAAAGUUCUGGAAAAGAUAUCAACUAGCCUGCCACUUAAAGUAACAGCUAAUCUUGUCCAGGAUGAAGAUUACUGGAAGAGAUGCUGCAAAGCACGUUGGGAAAUCUGUGAUGUCUCUGCUUAUGGCGAAAGCUGGAAACGAAUGUACUUUGAAAAUCUGCAAGAAAUUAUUGAGCACUUUGUUCCUGAAACCACAGACCCUACGAAGUUGACUGAAACUCUGGCUCUGUCUGCUAACUACAUUAAGAAGGUUGACAUUAAUCAGUUACUCCCACCUGUCAGAGAGGCUCCAAAGGGUCCUGACUUUGACGAAGCUUCAGAUGCUGGAAGUGAUGUAGGGGAUGAGCCGGAAUGUGAUCAUUUCAAUUUCACUCCUGUCCUUAAAGCUUUGCCCAACCUAGAGGAGCUUCAUCUGACGUAUGGUGUCAGAGACUGUGGCAUGAAUUUUGAAUGGAAUCUGUUUCAGUUCACAGCCAGAGACUGUCUGCAGCUGGCUGAAUGUGUUGCUAAGUGCAAAACUCUCAAGGUCUUCAAACUCCACAGGAGUAAAGUUGAUGAAGACAAAGUGCGGGUUCUGAUCAGUCAUAUACUUGAUCACCCAAGUCUUGUUGAGUUGGACUUGUCACAUAAUUUGAUAGGUGACCGUGGAGCACGUGCAGUUGGCAAGUUCCUCAACAAUCACAGUCAGCUCGUUCGACUCAACUUGUGUGACAACCAGAUCAAGGCUGCAGGAGCCCAGGCCAUUGCUCAUGCUCUCACUAAAAACACCACACUCCAGUUCCUCGACCUCAGACUCAACAGACUGGGAGAUGAUGGAGGUCAGGCCAUCUGUCGAUCGCUUCUGAAAAACACAACCUUACGGGAAGUGAACAUCGGCAGUAACGACAUGGCAGAACCAACAGCGGCGAUCCUCUCUCAGGUGGUGAUGCAGAACAACACCGUCAAAUCCAUAGACCUGUCCUGCAACAGACUGGGGCCGGACGGAGGCAAGCAGCUUCAGGAAGGGAUGGAGGAGAACACCACCAUCACCCAGAUGGACCUGAGACUGACCGAGUGUGGCCAGGAGUCUGAGUACUGCAUCAAUCAGAUCCUGCAUCGAAACCAGGAGCAGGAGCGAGAGGCCAACAUCCGGGACAUGGAGGCUCAAACUCCUAAGAUGAAGAAGAUAGCUCAGCCUCAGGCAGCUCACCGAUACAAGAGCCCUGCCAUCAUAAGAGUGGCCUAAGUAAAAGCGUAUCUGAGGGGGUAGUUUGGAAAGAAUUUGUCAUAGACCCAUUUUCAAAAGGCAACUAUUGUGUUUAUAUAUAAUACAUGCUUAUUAGGAUAUCUGUGUUUGUAAAGGUAUAAAAUAUCAUGAAGUCAUUUAAUACACCAAAAUUAUGUUUGAUUGAAUCUUUAAUGAUUGUAUAUCAUGUCAAAACCAGUAUUUGUUGAAACAGUAGAUGCUCUUUUUCAGGCAUUGUCAAAUUUUGAUGAAUGAAUUUUACUUUUCUAAACUUUUUCAACCCAAAUGUACAUUCUUAACAUCAUGCUUUAAUUCAAUAUCUGCAUGUCACGUUCCUUUCAUAAGACCCACACAUGUUUGCAAAAUGACAUAUUUGAAUAAUAAGAAUUUCACGCCAAACCUUUGCAACAAUAUGAAACCUUGAAGUAUUUGAUCAUGACAACAGCAGUAUUUGCACCAGUGCCAGUUGUGUAACUUUCCAUUUACCAAAUGCAUUAUUGUCUUAAUCUAUGAGUUUUACUCCGAACUGUUAACUGCAACACCAAACAUAUGCACAUCCAUUUCCAAACAUAAUUGUAAAUAUUAUCUGAGUAUUAUCCAUAUUACCUGGCUCUAUAUGUGUUGUGUUCAUGCUGUACCUUGGGCUUGAGCUGCAGCAUCAUAUACAAGUUUCCCACCUAUAGAUGUGAUGAAGUCUCCUGUGAUAUUGACAUUCAGUGCUGUGACAACCACGAUGGCAACCUCUGUUACCCUUACUGUUUCACCCAGGCAUCGGUAUCACGAUUGGAUCAUGCAUAUAAUAAAGUAGUGUAACUA